GAAGCAUAGCAGUGCAGAGCAGAGCAUUCAGUUGUGCGUUUACGUUACGGAUGAGUUUGAAUGCUUGUGUUUACGUCAAUAGAACACUUCUUUUUGCAAUUUAUUCACAUCAAUCCAUUAUAAACAUUUAAAGUUAAAACUUACACAAAGUACAAUUGAUUCAAACGAAAAAAUACCAAAGGAAACGAAUAAUUUUCAGGAAAAUAGAGUGAAUUUGUACAAUUCUUUGUAUAAAUAAAUUUUUGUUAAAUCAAUUUAACGACUUUUUUUCGUUUAUCAAUCGAUACUUGGCUGAAAUACAAGGACAACAAUAAAUUCUUCUACUAAAAAAAAAUUCCGGUUGAAAGUGUCAGAAACAUUGUUUACUAAAACGUCACUAAUGUGCUUGGUGCGCCGUCUGGAUCAUUCAAACUGGUGUCAAACCGAAUUCCAAUUAUCGUUGCAUUGAAAAACAAUUGUGAUUGAACUGUGAAAAAGAAACAUUGGAAAAAUUUGGCAAUGGAUGCCGUUAAAACAAAUAAAUCGUCUGAAUUAAAUAGCAACGUCGAAAAUGCCGAUGAACAUGAAUGGCGCUGGAAACCAUGGUCAAUUGUUCGAAGUGAUUAUCAACGAAUGGCAUGGGAAGCAGAUCGAUCGGGUGUUUACGAUAAAGCAAUUCUGUAUGACAGCAUGGCACUGAGCUGUGGAUUUAUUAGCACAAUGUUGAACAAUGAUCAACAGCCUCUCUUCAGCGACAAUCGGCCAAAUGCGAGUAAAAUUGAACAUCCCUUACAGAGAUCCAGCGAUUUGCAACGAGAGACGAAAAAUAUACUUAUUGAUUACCUAUCGGAGUAUUUGAGUCAUGUUGUGAUUGGUGAACCAAAAAAGAUACCCCAUGAUAAAGAUAAAAAUCACUUCGAUGCACUGCGUUCGAAGUGUGCUCAGUUGCCAAAACAAUGGAAUGUCGUUCAAUUUAAUCAAGUGUACAGCGGAUACAAUGGAUUUGCCACAACAAAAGAUGUGUACACCAGUGAUGCACCUAUUAAAAUCACACUGUUCUGCGAUAGUUUGUCAAAAAAACGAGACAAUCGUCCAAUUAGCAUCGUUCUUGAUUUCAUUGAACUCGGCGAAAAGAGCAUACUGUCAACGGCCCACGAGGUGCAUCAGGUGCUGUACGAAAAUUACCUAUCUUAUAUGAAUACGCUACCAACCAAAUACAGUGAAUUUAUGAAGCGGCUGAAGCAAACGCAAUUGAAACUAGUAGCAGAUAUGGCAACAUGGCUUGGACCAUGGAUAACAUUGCUGUCUGGCAAAAUCAAAGGCAAAGCUGGUGAAGAUUUUGAACAGAAGAUAUUCGAGGAUGUAGACAAAUUUGCCGGUGAACUCGGCUGGAUGACUCCCGAUCAAGUUAUUUUGCUUAGUUUAAUGGCCCGACGAAUCGAUCUGUUGGACAAUGGAAAAAUUGAGCAAGCCGCUCGUGAUAUUGCACCAAGUUAUAAGGACAGUUGUCGCAUUGAAAAGUUUUUGUUGGAGCUGAAGGCGAAAACUCCAUUCAAGGAUUUCACAUAUUAUCCAUGCAUCUUGGUCAUUGAUGAAAUUUUAGACCAAAUGCCGUGGGAAAUGGUGUUGACAUCGCAAGAAUUUACCCGUGUACAUUCCAUUUAUCUGCUAUUCGAUUUGUACGAACGAUACAAAGAUCAAAUCGAUGAUGGUUACCUGAAAAUGAGCAUCAAAAACGGUUUCAGCAUGAUCAAUCCGAACAAUGAUGACAAAUUGAAUGAUAUGUGCAAACGAAUGACCCAAUUCUACGAUAAUUGCUUACCAAAUUGGGAACGUAUCGAACGUAUCGUACCAUCAGCAGAGAAAAUAUCCGAAUGUCUGUCGAAAAAUGAGUUAUUUGUGUAUUCAGGUCAUGGAAGUUCAUUGAACUUUUUCAGCAAUUUCGAGCUGGAAAGUAUGCGACAUAAUUGUUUGAUGCUCUUGUUUGGCUGCGAUUCAAUUGCGACAAAACCAUCUGGAACGAUAUCGGAAGCGGCUUGCUCAUCUUAUACAUAUUUUAAAAAUGGCUGCCCAGGAACUUUGGGUGCAAUCACCAUUGUCACCGACGUUUGGGUUGAUCUCAUCACUAUAUGGAUACUCACACAAUGGAUCGUACCAAAACAAAUGACACAUCCCAAAAUUAAAGUGUGCAAAGAUGCACGCUCCAAGGAACACGUUAGCCGAAUCCUGUUGAAAUCGGAAGGAAAGCGAAAUCCAAAUUUGUUGGCAAUACUAUGCGAUCUUCGUAACGAAACCGAAAUUACAUUUGGCAUGCGAUCAGCUAUUGUUUAUAGAGGUUUACCACCGUACAAUACAUUGGCCGAGAAAUGAUGACCAAUUGGUGAUCACCAGUUUAGAUAAAUCAAUUUUUUUUUCUAGAAAAAUGCCACAAUUUACAUUGUACAAAGUAAAUGUAAUAGAUUGUAAUAGAUUGUAUUUUCCAACGUGUACCAAAAUUUUAUUUUCGAUUUUUACAUGUUCCUCAUUCGUCAUUGCAAAAAAUACUGGGGAAAUUAAAAAUCAAAUUUUAAAAAUGUAUAGCAAGAUGUUCGGUUUUUAUUGGAAUGGCGUUAUAAAGAAAAUUAUUUAAAAAUAAAAAGAAA